CUGAUGAAGCUGGCUCCUCAUGGCCAUGGCCAACCUGACCCACUCCUGGCCUCCCACGUUCUUCCUGCAAGGCAUCCCGGGGCUGGAAGCCUACCACAUGUGGCUCUCUGUGCCAGUGUCCUGCAUCUACGUGGUGAUCAUUGCCGGGAACUGCACCAUCCUCCUGGUGGUGGCCACAGAGCCAGCUCUCCACAGGCCCAUGUGCUACUUCCUCUGCAUGCUGGCAGCUAUUGACUUGGCAGCCUCCACCUCCGCCCUGCCCAAGAUGCUCUGCAUCUUCUGGUUCCAGGGCGGGGAGAUCCAAGCCGUUGCCUGCCUGGCCCAGAUGUUCUUCAUCCAUGCCUUGUGCAUGAUGGAGUCAGCGGUGCUGCUGGGGAUGGCGCUGGACCGCUAUGUGGCCAUCUGCUUCCCGCUCAGGUACAGCUCUUUCUUCUCCAGCUCACUGGUGGCCAAGAUGGCUGUGGCCGGCAUAGUCAGAGGAACGCUGCUGAUGGCACCUUGCCCUUUCCUGAUCCGGAGGCUGUCCUACUGCCGGACCAACGUCAUUCGCCACACGUACUGUGAGCACAUGGCAGUGGUCAAACUGGCCUGUGGGGACACCAGCAUCAACCGCACCUAUGGGCUGAGUGUGGCUCUGAUCGUCAUCGGAGGAGACCUUCUCUGCAUUGGGCUCUCCUACUUCUUCAUCGUCCGUGCGGUGCUCCGUCUCUCUUCCCGCGAGGCGAGGCACAAGGCUUUCGGCACCUGUGGCUCCCACCUCUGCGUCAUCUUGAUCUCCUACAGCCCUGCCCUCUUCUCCUUCUUCACCCAUCGCUUUGGCCACUCCGUGGCCCCCCAUAUCCACAUCCUGCUGGCCAACCUCUACCUCCUCUUCCCUCCCAUGCUCAACCCCAUUGUGUAUGGAGUCAGGACCAAGGAGAUCCGGGAACGGGUCACCAGGGUUUUCCUCCCAGCAGGGUCAUGGUGA